GGGGACACAGUGGUGACUGAGACAGCCCCAGCCCUGUCCUCCUGAGGUUUGCAGUCCAGUAAGGGACACAGAUCUGUCCCCAGACAGGGACAACCCAGAGCAGGCAGAGGUCCCCACCUGUCAAAAUGCCUAUCCUGAAGAAUCUGGGAGUGUCAGACCCUAAGGUGCCCCGGGCGGGUACCCUGCCCCUGAGGUCCUCUCGGAACCCCUUUGAAGAAGUUUCAGGACUGGAGGAAGAAGAGGCCGGGGAGCUGGGGUCCCUCCCCAAUGGAACAUCUUGUCGCCGCCGCGCCACCCUGGAGAAGCUUGCUGGCCUGGCCCCCUUCCGGCUGGGCUGGGCCCCGGGCCGGCGGGCAGGCAGCCCUGGGGAUGGGCAGCCCCGCUCUUUCUUGGGCCGUGUGCUGGUACCAGGGAUACGCAGGAGCUCAGCAGAUUUUGGCCUCCUGGCCCGGCUGCAUGGGACCCGAGCCCAUGGCGACGAGGAGGCAGCGGGGGAGGCCGCCCGGAGACUGGCCUUCCUGAGACUGGGGCGUGGAUCCAAGCCCCAACGUGCGUCCCUGGCUGAGAGAGUGGUGCCUGCAGGUGAGGCAGCUCCAGAGCCCCCACCCAAGGUCCCAGAGCCCCCAAAGAUGAAGGAGCCAUUGUCAGUGCUGGAGAUUCUGAGCCUGAUCCAGCAGCGCGAACUGGCACGCGCGGACGAGCAUAUCCUGGAGCUGGAGGCCGAGGAGCUGGCGCCGUCGGGGGGCGGCGCGCCUGGGCCUCCUAAGGCCGAGGGCGCUGGCGGGGGCCGCCGGGCGCGGGACGUGGCGCUGCUGUACGAGGCACUGCAGCGCGAGCUGUGGGCGCUGGUGCGCGAGACGCUGGCGGGCCCCGGGCCGGGCGCGUGCGCCGGGGCGGGCGCGGUGGCGCAGCUGGGCCAGGUGCUGGUGCAGGAGGAGGCGGCCGACGGGCGUCGGGGGCCCGGGGCGGCCCGCAAACUGCGCGCCCGCUGGGCCGAAGCUGUGGCGCGCGCGGCCCGGGAGCGCCUAGAGGCAGCGGCUCCCGGGGCGCCCGGGGGCCUGGCCGGGCAGCUGGAGGCGCUGCGGGCGCGGCUGCUGGAGGAUAUGGCCGUGGUGCGGGGCCGCCUGGCGCCCGCCUACCCCGCCGGCCUGGGCGCCUUCAGCGUCUACCUGCGCGGCUACCACGGGGCCCUGGCCGAGUGGCUGGGGGCCUCCGCCCGUCGCAGGCUGCCGCUGGCCGACCGCUACGCGCUGCUGCACUGGCACAAUCAGGUCUACCCCAGAGAGGUCCUAGGGCUGGUGGACACGGCCGCCCUGGAGAAUGGGGAGCUGGGGCCCCUUCUGUCCCCUGGCACCCUGCGGGGUUUGGAGGAUGAAUGCGUCACAGAUGUUAAGGCUCAGACCCGGGCUGCCCUUCUCCGCGUGCUGCAGGAGGAUGAAGAGCACUGGGGGAGCCUGGAGGACCAGCCCAGCAGCCUGGCCCAGGAUGUGUGUGAGCUGCUGGAAGAGCACACAGAGCGAGCGCCCCGCAUCAGCCAGGAGUUUGGGGAGCGGAUGGCCCACUGCUGCCUAGGCGGGCUGGCAGAGUUCCUGCAGAGCUUCCAGCAGCGCGUGGAGCGAUUCCAUGAGAGCCCAGCAGUCCGGGAGAUGCUACCUGACACCUAUAUCAGCAAGACCAUCGCCCUGGUCAACUGCGGCCCCCCGCUGAGAGCUCUGGCCGAGCGCCUGGCCCGGGUAGGGCCCCCAGAAAGCGAGCCAGCUCGGGAAGCAUCUGCUAGUGCUCUGGACCACGUGACCCGGCUCUGCCACCGUGUCGUGGCCGACCUGCUGUUCCAGGAGCUGCAGCCACACUUCAACAAGCUGAUGCGCCGGAAGUGGCUGAGCAGCGCAGAGGCCCUGGAUGGCAUCGUGGGCACGCUGGGCGCCCAGGCCCUGGCCCUGCGCAGAAUGCAGGACGAGCCUUACCAGGCGCUGGUAGCCGAGCUGCACCGGCGGGCGCUGGUCGAGUACGUGCGGCCCCUGCUCCGUGGGCGCCUGCGCUGCAGCUCGGCGCGGACCCGCAGCCGCGUGGCCGGCAGGCUCCGGGAGGACGCGGCGCAACUGCAGAGGCUGUUCCGGCGGCUGGAGUCCCAGGCCUCGUGGCUGGACGCCGUGGUGCCCCAUUUGGCUGAAGUCAUGCAGCUGGAAGACACGCCCAGCAUCCAGGUGGAGGUGGGAGUGUUGGUGCGCGACUACCCAGACAUCAGGCAGAAGCACGUGGCAGCCCUCCUCGACAUCCGUGGCCUACGCAACACAGCCGCCCGCCAGGAGAUCCUGGCCGUGGCCCGGGACCUGGAACUCUCUGAGGAGGGAGCCCUGUCACCCCCUCGGGACCGUGCCUUCUUUGCAGACAUCCCCGUGCCCCGCCCAUCUUUCUGUCUCAGCCUCCCUCUCUUCCUGGGCCGCCUCCCCCUCUCCCGGCUGGCCAGGCCCAGUUUGGCCUGUCUGCCUCGGCCCCGGCCUCCGUCUCUAGUGCGACCUCGGGCCCAGCGCUGAGAGUCAACCAGCCACCUGCCUUAGUGACCCCAUCUAUGCUGCUGACAAGCCAACCUCCCGUACGGCGCCCUUCCUGAUUCCCUGCCUGGGACCACACCCCCCUGGGAUAGAAAGACCCUUAGAUGUCUUCUCACCCAACCCCAAACUCCCUGUACAGAAGGGAAACAAAGGCCAGGCACGGUGGCUCAUGCCUGUAAUCUCAACACUUUGGGAGGCUGAGGCCGGAGGAUUGCUUGAGCCCAGGAGUUCAAGACCAGCCUGGGCAACAUAGUGAGACCUGCCCCCUAUCUCUACAAAAAAUAAAAAAUUAGCUGGGCAUGGUGGUGUGUGCCUGUAGUCCCAGCUACUGGGGAGGCUGAGGCUGGAGGAUUGCUGGAGUUUGAGGCUGCAGUGAGCUAUGAUUGUGCCACUGCACUCCAGCCUGGGCAACAAAGCAAGACCCUUUCUCAAAAAAAAAAAAAAAAAAAAAAAAAAAAAAAAAAAAGAUAGGGAGAAACAGAGGCCAAAGAGACAAAGGAUUUUCCCAAGGCCAUGAAGCCUGUUCCCAGCACCUCCCCUCCUGCCAUAGCCCAGAGUGGUGAGUGGCGUUCUGGAAGUCUCUACAGAAAUAUCCCAGCUCCCCCGCCCCUUUCCCUCACCUCAAGGUCUGGCCCCAAUCCAAUGUAUUAAGGAACGUUCGAUACUUAGAAUAAAGAGGUUUCUAUUUAACACAAGGAAGGGCUGAGUCCUGAGUGUGUUGUGGGGAGGAAGGACCGGGGAAGCAGGGCCCCGGGCCAGUGGCUUCUCACACACCCAAGGCCGGGCUGGGCUCCAGCUCCUGGGCAGGGCAGUGGAGGUAGAGGGAGGCUGCGUGUGCCGGGAGCAACGCCAACCCGUGUACACCUCCUGGCUCUGUGGCUCUGAGGCCAGGCCUUGACCACUCUGAGCCAGGGUCCCUCGUCUGGUCAAUCUCAAAGUGCCUGUCCAUUCCUGGUCCUGGUGGCUCCAUCUUGGCGCACCCUCCCCAUCCAUCCUUAGCCGGGAAGCUGCCCUGUCAGGAGAGGAAGGAGGUUGGGGGCAGGGCUGGCGGCAUCCAGGGCGCCCUCCUGGGUUGACGCAGGAAAGUCUCGGGGUGGGAAAAUUUCCAGCCUCUCACCCCCAGCCCCGCCGGAUCCUGGUCCCCACGGAGACCUUGAGGUCACCUCCCUGCUGACUCCUGCCCCUCCGGCCUGGGCUGGACAGCCCGUGAUGGAUGUUUCCUGACUUGUGGGAUUUUUUGUGUGUAUGUGGUUGGUUUUUUUUCCCCCUGAGAAGUCAGAAAGAGGAGGCAGCCAGGGGUUAGCAUUGGGACUGGGUUUGGAACCUCACGCAUGCACAUUUGAACUUGGGGAGGUAGAGACAAGGACUCUUGGAGCCCAAGGCUGUGCGACCCGAGGCAGGAAGCUGCCCCUCUCUGGGCUGAGGUUCCUGUGCCUUUCUGGGGAAUUGCUUAAACUCCCUUUCCCCAGACUGAGGCAACAAUGUUCUGAGGGUGCACCCUCCUCACUUUGCCCUCUGAAAAUGACAUUUUUUUUUUUUUUCAGUCAGAGUCUUGCUCUGUCGCCCAGGCUAGAGUGCAAUGGCACGAUCUCAGCUCACUGCAACCUCCGCCUCCCAGGUUCAAGCAAUUUAUUCUCCUGCCUCAGGCUCCUGAGUAGCUGGGAUUACAGGUGCCCCCCUUCCACCACCACCAUACCCAGCUAAUUUUUGUAUUUUUAGUAGAGACAGGGUUUCACCAUGUUGGCCAGGCUGGUCUCCAACUCCUGACCUCAAGUGAUCCACCCGCCUCAGCCUCCCAAAGUGCUGGGAUUACAGGCAUGAGCCACUGUGUCCAGCCCGAAAAUGACACUUUUUAUGUUGCCAAUAUGCAAAAGAGCAAGAGAGGAGUUGAGGAAUCAACAAUAUUGUGCAGUCCAUAGGCAUUUAUUAUUUAUUUUUUAGAGACAGGGUCUUGCUCUGUCGCCCAGGCCAGAGUGCAAUGGCACGAUCAUAGCUCACUGCAGCCUCUACCUCCUAGCCCAAGUGAUCCUCCCGCCUCAGCCUUCUGAGUAGCUGGGACUACAGGUUUGUGCCACCACACCCAGCUAAUAUUUUAAUUUUAUUUGUUUUGUAAAGACAGAGUCUCACUAUGUUGACCAGGUUGGCCUCAAGCCAUCCUCCUGCCUCAUCCUCCCAAAGUGCUGGGAUUACAGGCAUGAGCCACUGCCACUGCCCUGUAGGUGUUUAAUUAAACAUAUAAGAGCCUCAGUUUGUCAAUAUCCUUUUCAGAUGUUGGUCCCCCAUUGAAAAACAGCUUUUGGCUGGGCACAGUGGCUCACACAGCAGUUUGGGACACAGAGGUGGGACGAUCGCCUGAAGCCAGGUGUUCAAGGUUGCAGUUGGCUGUGAUUGUGCCUCUGCAUUGUAGCCUAGGUGAUAGGUGAGACCUUGUCUCAUUAAAAAAAAAAAAAAGUGGCCGGGCAAGGUGGCUCGCACCUGUAAUCCCAGCGCUUUGGGAGGCUGAGGUGGGCGGAUCAUGUGAGGUCAGGAGUUCGAGACCAGCCUGGCCAACAUGGAGAAACCACAUCUCUACUAAAAAUACAAAACUUAGCCAGGCGUGGUGGCGCAUCUAUAAUCCCAGCUACUCCAGGAGGCUCAGGCAGGAGAAUCACUUGAGCCUAGGAGGCAGAGGUUGAAGUGAGCUGAGAUCGUGCCCCUGCACUCCAGCCUAAGAGACAGAGCAAGACUCCAUCUCAAAAAAAAAAAAAAAAAAAAAGUUAAAAUAGUAAAUUUUAUGUAUAUUUCAGCACAAUAAAAAAAUUUUAAAUAAAGAAACCUCAUACUCAUUUGCAGUUAAUAUCCAAUCUCCCUAGGAACUUUCUAGCCCUAAGCAGACACUAAUCUCUCUGUCUCUAUUAAUCUACCUAUUUUGGACUUUUCACGUUUGGAAAUACACAAUGUGGUCUUUUGUGACUGAUGUUUUUCAUGUGCAUAAUUUUUGUUUUGUUUUGUUUUGUUUUGUUUUUGAGACGGAGUUCUGGCCAGGCACGGUGGCUCAUGCCUGUAAUCCCAGCACUUUGGGAGGUGGCCGAGGUGGGCGGAUCACAAGGUCAGGAGAUCAAGACUAUCCUGGCUAACACGGUGAAACCCCAUCUCUACUAAAAAUACAAAAAUUAGCCGGGCGUGGUGGCGCAUGCCUAUAAUCACAGCUACUUCGCUUAAACCCGGGAGGCAGAGGUUGCGGUGAGCCAAGAUGGUGCCACUGCACUCCAGCCUGGGCAACAAGGGCGAAACUCCGCCUCAAAAAAAAAAAAAAAGAAUAGGCUGGGCAUGGUGGCUCAAGCCUGUAAUCCCAGCACUUUGGGAGGCCGAGGCGGGCGGAUCACGAGGUCAGGAGAUCAAGACCAUCCUGG